AUGGAGAAGUCAGUGCAAUUUGAGGACCCUUUAAAGGAUCUCAAACAACUGGAGAUGCUGUGCGGCUGUGGCAGUGAAAAGGUCAGCCUCAGAUUGCCUCUUAAGAAAUUGGGUGUAUACCUCAAGCAAGAUGAUGAGUUGCAAGGUCAAGAUGAGGAGGCCUUUUUGAAUGGAGAUUGGGAGGAAGGAGAAAUCUGGUGGGAGGAAGGCAAGAUUUAUUCAUGA